ACAGAUGGCGCUGUUUUCUUUUCCACGUGUUUAAACAUUCCUGAAUAAAUAUUUGGUUUAACCUUAGGUAAGAGUGGACGUCUUUGCUUGUCUUCGAAUCUUAGCGUUACAGCCAGGAGCACGUAUAUUUAACAAGUAAUUUUCUCUAAUUCAAGAUGGUCAACUUAGGUGAGGUUUUUCCAAAUUUUACUGCUGACACCACCAUUGGCACCAUAGACUUUCAUGACUGGAUUGGUGAUUCGUGGGCUAUUUUGUUCUCUCAUCCUGCUGACUACACUCCAGUCUGCACAUCAGAGCUAGGGAAGGCAGCCACUUUGAAUCCUGAGUUCAUCAAGCGUGGAAUCAAGAUGAUUGCCCUAUCCUGUGACAGUGUAGACUCGCACAAGGGAUGGAUCUCGGACAUAAAAUCAUACUGUAAAUUUGGACCAGGAUUUCCAUAUCCUAUAAUUUCUGAUGAGAAACGUGAAGUAGCUGUAAAGCUGGGAAUGUUAGAUCCUCUGGAAAAGGACAGCCAGGGACUUCCUUUGACGUGCAGAGCACUGUUUAUCAUUGGGCCAGACAAGAAAUUAAGGUUGUCAAUGCUGUACCCAGCAACCACUGGACGGAGCUUCGAUGAAGUUCUUCGUGUGGUAGAUUCGCUUCAACUGACUGAAACCAAAAAAGUAGCUACUCCUGUUGAUUGGAAGCAAGGAGGGGACUGCAUGGUUUUGCCUACAGUGAAAGAUGAGGAAAUACCAACUCUUUUUCCAGCAGGAGUAAAGGUUGUUCCUAUGCCAUCUGGGAAGAGCUAUCUCCGCACUACUCCACAACCUGAAUAAUACAGUGGAAGCAGCUUUGGGUUAGCACUUUGUAGACUUUCAUUUAUGUUCUACAAAAGUCUUACGAACUUAACCCCAUUAGCAAUAAUUUACAAUCCACUGGCAUCUCAACUGAAGACUUAUCAUACUAAUUUGUACUUAAACAAAUACUGGUGAGCUUUUUGCACAAGCCUUGUAUUUUGUGGUUUAUUAAAAAUCAUUUUGCUAAUAAAAGGUCCAUUAAUUAGAAACA